AUGUAUGUAAAAUGCUUUGAUACAGUAAUGUUUUACUAUGUGAAUUUAGUGAAUUUAGUGAAUUUCACUUUUUGUCAUUUUCAAAUUUCCCACCAGUUCCAUCCCCUGUAUGUCCCGACGCUCGGAGGGGACAAAACCCAGAUGACAGAUGCCGGCAUCCGCCGGAAAACAUUACAGGGGACACUGCAGGAGGGACAUCGCUGGAGCGCAGGACAAGGUAAGAGAAGUGUAUGGUAAGCCCGAGUGUAGUCGGGGUUACCGCUUGUGCUACACUCGGGAAUACCGCCAGGGAGGUUA